CCAUAACAACUGUCAGUUGAUCGGUGCUGCGGGUUAAAUGUUUUGUAAUUAGUCAAAUAAUUAUAAAUAAUAUUGCAAUGGCAAUAAGUAGAGUCGUAAAAUAAAAGUAAAGUGUUUUACUAGUGAAAAAUAUGUGGUAAAAUUCCAAAUCGUCGAAUAAACAAUUGAAAAGUUGACAGUGACAAAUGACAAGUGCCAGCUCAGCUUAAUGUUUUCAAAGAAUUUUCAGCUUUUUGAGUAAUUUUCGAAAAUUAUGGCGUAUGAGAAUGGUGUGCAUAGUGUGGAAGUAUCAGCGGCAUUUAUUGAAUCGUUACAAACCGAUUUCAAGAAUCUGGCAUUAGAAUCUAAGAAGAAGUAUCCGGUUAUAAAAGAGUCAUGUGAGGAAGCUAUAGUUAAACUAAAAGCAGCUUUAUCAACUCCUCAAACUUCUAUUUACUACGUUAUCAACCAAAUUAUUUACCCUUUGUCACAGGGUUGUGAAACUAAAGAUGUCAAAUUAAUUAAAGGUUGCUUACAAAUUAUACAAAAAUUAAUAACACAUCAACUAAUAGAUCAAAAAGGUGCGCUUUAUAUCACUGAUACGUUAUGGACUUUGAUGGAAUCUGGGAUAGAAGAAGUAAAAAUACUUCAGUCAGUCACUUUGUUACUGACAACAAAUACAGUAGUGCAUGGAGACACCCUAGCAAGGACCUUGGUUUUGUGUUUUCGUUUGCAUUUUGCUAAAAAUUCGACUACAAUUAAUACUGCUGGGGCCACAGUCAGGCAAUUAGUGUCUCUCGUAUUUGAACGUGUGGUUGCAGAGGACGAAAUUUUAUCAAAAAACGAAAAUACUCCGGUCCAGAAACAAAUCAACAUGGAAGAUUUUAAAGUACCAAGUGGGACUCCACCAAAAGGGUUGCCACCAUGCGCCGCCGAUGCGUAUUUGUUAUUUCAAGACUUAGUUCAAUUAGUUAACGCUGAUCAACCCUACUGGUUGAUUGGAAUGACUGAAAUGACGCGUACUUUUGGUUUAGAGUUGCUUGAGUCGGUUUUGACACAAUUUUCAGUUGUUUUCUACAAGAACGCUGAGUUUAGUUUUCUAUUGAAGGAGCGGGUUUGUGCUCUUGUUAUAAAAUUAUUUUCGCCCAAUAUUAAAUACAGGAGCACUAUGUCAUCAAAUGUACAGCAAGCGACCCCUUUUGAAAAACCUUAUUUUCCGAUAAGUAUGAGACUGUUGCGGGUUGUGUCUAUUUUAAUUCAGAAGUAUCACAGUCUUCUGGUGACUGAAUGUGAAAUAUUUUUAUCUCUAAUUGUGAAAUUUUUGGACCCUGAUAAGCCCACUUGGCAACGAUCACUUGCCUUGGAAGUCCUGCAUAAAAUGACAAUUCAACCCGAACUUUUGAAUUCAUUUUGUAAAUGUUAUGAUCUCAACAAACAUACCACUAGUAUUUUUGAGGAUAUCGUCAAUUCCUUGGGGGCUUACGUCCAGUCACUUUUUGUAAAUGCACAAUUACAAAUGACGACAAUGACUAUAACUCAAGGCCAGCCUCCGGUAUUUUUGGGGGGUUUGCCGGCCGGUCCCGGUGUUUCCCCUCAACCUGGGUUUUUGAUGCGUGGUGUUUGGUUGCCAAUUGUGACGACUUUUCCGACAGGACAAACAAAAUCGAUUUAUUUGGAAAUGUUGGAUAAAAUUGAGCCGCCCACAAUUCCUGACGGUUAUGGCAUUUCUAUUGCUUAUGCCAGUCUUUUGGAAAUAAUUCGGUCUUUGCAAAUCACAAUCGGGCCUCAGCAACAAGGCGAAAGCCAAUCGCCGCCACCUGAAUCCACAGAAGAGGACCGAAAACUCCACACCCAGUUGAUAAUAUCAAGUUGGUGUGGCUUACUCGCAGCGUUGACUCCACUUAUUGACGCAAGUACCGACGAAUCGGUUACUGAAAAUAUCCUAAAAGCGUUACAAACCUAUGCAUCGCUUAGUGGGGAACUGGGUCUAGACACUCCAAGAGAUGCGUUUAUUACAGCUAUCUGUAAAUCGUCACUUCCGCCACAUUACGCCCUAACUGUCUUAAACACAGUAUCGAGUGGGAUUCGAACAGGACAUCGAGAUGGCCAGGAAUUGCAUGCGAUGGCGAAUUAUGGCGAAGCCGACUAUAGACAACAAGUCGUAGCUGUGGGAACGCCACUCCCAACGUCUUCGGUGCCGGCAGGAACACAACAAGGCCCUGUUAUGCUCACUUCUAAAAAUUUACAAGCGAUGCGAGCUUUGCUUAGCUUGGCCCAUUGUCACGGAAGUAUCCUUGGAACAUCCUGGCAUUUAGUUUUGACAACUCUACAACAUUUAGUUUGGAUUUUGGGUUUGAAGCCCUCAACUGGUGGCAGUUUAAAAGCCGGUCGCUUCACAACCGAUUCGAACGCGGUUAUAACCACAUCAGUAAUGGCUGAUUUGCCCGUUUUGUCCCAAAUGUUGAGCCGGUUAUUUGAAACGAGCCAAUAUCUUGACGAUGUGGCCUUACAUCACCUUAUCAAUGCUCUCUGUAAAUUGUCACAGGAAGCCAUGGAACUAGCCUACUCGAAUCGCGAACCGUCACUAUUUGCCGUUGCUAAGUUACUAGAAACCGGUUUGGUUAACAUGCCAAGAAUUGAGGUUUUAUGGCGGCCUUUAACCAAUCAUUUGUUGGAAGUUUGUCGACACCCUCAUAUUAGGAUGAGAGAAUGGGGGGUUGAGGCUAUAACGUAUUUGGUCAAGUCAGCGUUGCAUUAUAAACACACUGUACCAUUGAGAGAUAACCAAAAAUUGCAAACUUUACUUCUGGGACCGCUCUUUGAACUGUCUUCAGUACCACAUGGGGAUGUAAGACAGAGGCAGCUCGAGUGCGUCCUUGAGAUUUUACAUGGGGCGGGGGAAACGCUCUCACAUGGCUGGCCCCUUGUUUUGGGCAUUAUUGGCGCCGUCAGCGACCAACACGGUGAAAAUUUGAUACGGAUCGCGUUUCAAUGCCUCCAGUUGGUCAUAACCGAUUUCCUCCCGGUGAUGCCGUGGCGCUGUUUGCCUCUAUGCGUGGACACUGUUGCCAAAUUCGGGUCCCAGACGCAAGAAUUGAACAUUUCUCUAACCGCAGUCGGGCUUAUGUGGAACAUUUCCGAUUAUUUCCACCAGAAUCAGGGUAAAUUGAGCCAGACUUUAACCGAGGACACUACAGUCCUCCCUGAUUUUCCUGGGACUUUAAAUAUGCCCAGUUUUGAUAAACUUUGGAUGUGUUUGUAUGCACGUCUCGGCGAACUCUGUGUCGACUCGCGCCCGGCUGUGCGAAAAUCGGCCGGUCAGACUUUGUUUUCCACGAUAUCAGCCCAUGGUGGGCUUUUGAAACAAUCAACAUGGCAGGCGAUUCUGUGGCAGGUGUUGUUCCCUCUCCUCGAUAAGGUCCGAAAUUUAUCGAAUUCGGCCAGCAGUGAGAAAGUCGACGCUGGGGGCAACAUCCUAAUACACCACACGAGAAACACAGCACAAAAACAGUGGGCCGAGACACAAGUUUUGACAUUAUCGGGAGUUGCGAGAGUUUUUAAUACUAAAAGACAACUGUUGCAAGCUCUGGGAGAUUUUCCACGAGCCUGGUCUAUACUUUUGGAAUUUAUCGAAAAUGCGGCGUUGAGUAAAAAUAACGAGGUUUCAAUAGCUGCACUAAAGUCAUUCCAAGAGAUACUCUUCUUGAGUAAAACUCAACCAACUGACAAUAAAGCUGUGAUUGAGGAUAGAGAAAUUUGGGCGAUUGCGUGGAAAGUUUGGGUGAAAAUUGGGACUGAAAUAACAAUCCCGGCUCUAGAGAGUGAACAAAGUGACGAUUUCUAUUUCCCGAGUCAGACAUUUUUGACGGCUUUGGUCCAAAUAUUCCCCAGUGUUUUUCAGCAUAUUAAAAGUAACUUCAACUUGGAUGAUUUAAAACAGUUAGGGACUGUUUUAACAAAUGCUGUUAGUGUCCCAGUAUAUGGCGAAUCUACCCCUUAUAUGAUCUCAACUUCGUCAGAUGUGAGUCUAACCCCGUUGCAUGAUGGUGUCUUACACACCAUGGAAUUGUUGCAAAAGGAAGCUCUCGCUAGGAAUAACAGUAAAAUGAUUCCGGAGUUAUUUAAAAGGUUGCUCAUUUUUGCAAGAUUCACUUGUACUCCCCCAAACUCCGGCAGAUUGGACAACAGACAUACCAAAGUCUCGGAUUGGAUCACUAUGAACUAUAUCCCUUUCGGGGAAAAAGCAAUGACAAUGACUGUCAAACUUUACGAAAAAACAGCCGAAAAUCCCGAAGUCAUCGGCGGGAAUAUUCUACACGGAAUAAUCGCAGCCCUUCAUAAACCUCUAGCUUUAAAAUACAAUUGUUUCUCUAACAGUAUUUGGAAACUGGCGGCUAAUAGCCUAAUCAGUGUAUUAAAAACCGGCCUUAAGGUCGCCCGAGCUAACGGGAAUCAAUUUGCCUCGAUGUGGCCUGAAUUAGCCACAACUUUAAACGAUUUCUUAUUCCCGAGUAUGUCUGCACCUGCUGAUAAAGGCUUAGACGAAAUGGUGUCUGAUGAAGCGACUGAUUGCCAACUCAUUGAGUUACUGAGGACUGAAAUUUUGCCCUAUUCCAGUCAAAUACCAAAAGAUUUUAUCAUGCAAGUUGUCGUGUUACUAAACAAAGGGUCGAUUCAUUCCGCUACAAAUGUCAAAACUGACAGUGAUUCGGAAUUGACACUUCGGGAAGAGUUCGCAAAGACGUGUUUCGAGACUUUGUUGCAGUUUUCCUUAAUUGACGGUGAUAAUAGAGCGUUGGUUGUCAAUGGUGAUGAUUUGGCCGGACAGCUUGCGGUCACCUCUCUUUUGCAGAGAUUUCAGGAGGUAUUGGAGAAAUAUAUCGAGGACGAGAAGCUGAGCGGCAAGUGCCCCUUGCCGAGGUACCGUCUUUCCGAAAUUUCGUUUGUUCUUAAAGCUGUGACCACUCUAAUCAUAUCAAUGAAAAAGGCCCAUGUUAAAGAAGAUAGUACAGGCUGGGAACAUUUGAUAAAAUUGUACCCAUUUUUAGUCGAAUGUACAACAACGACAUCUACGCAAGUUUCGAGGCCGUUGAGGGAAGCUCUUCUACAGUUCUGUGAUUUAUUGCAACCACCUGUGACUAAGAAAACAAACGGUGAAAAAUUCUGAAUUCGAGUGUUUGUACCUGCCCUGAUAUCAAUCGCAUUCUGAUUGAUUUAAAAUUCUGUUUUGUUCAAUACACGUUUGUAAUUUGAACCACUUCCAGCGUUUUGCCAUGUUUUAGUUUUGAUUACAUGUUAUAGUUUAUAUAAAUUUGUAAAGUUUUAGCGUUUCAAAAUAAAAUAUUAAAAAUU